ACCUUCAUUACGUGCGUUGAAAUAGGCCGGCUACUACUAUCCUCAUCGCCAAACGCUCGCCCAUUUUUCCUUCACAUUUCUCCCUUUCGACGCCCUUCUCUCCAGGCCAUUGAACCAUGGGUGCAGGUGGGCGAAUGUCGGAUCCAGCAAAUGGUGGAAAGAAAACCGAGAGUGAAACGAUCCAACGAGUCCCUUACCAAAAACCACCAUUCACAGUCGGAGAUCUCAAGAAAGCUAUUCCACCACAUUGUUUUAAUCGAUCCGUUAUCCGUUCCUUUUCUUAUGUAUUUUACGACCUCACAAUUGCUUUCGUUUUGUAUUACCUAGCUAAUAAUUACAUCCAAUUCCUUCCUAGCCCGCUUGCCUAUGUGGCAUGGCCCGUAUAUUGGGCCGUGCAAGGGUGUGUCUUGACUGGUGUUUGGGUCAUAGCCCAUGAAUGUGGCCAUCACGCCUUUAGCGACCACCAAUGGCUUGAUGACACCGUGGGCCUUAUUUUACAUUCGGCCCUCCUUGUCCCCUACUUCUCUUGGAAAUAUAGUCACCGCCGCCAUCACUCCAACACCGGCUCAAUUGAACACGAUGAAGUUUUUGUCCCAAAGUUGAAAUCUGGUGUCCGGUCAUCCGCUCGAUACCUAAACAACCCACCAGGGCGGAUCCUCACCCUUCUUGUCACCCUCACCCUCGGCUGGCCUUUGUACCUCAUGUUCAAUGUUUCUGGCCGAUACUAUGACAGAUUUGCAUGCCAUUUCGACCCAAACAGUCCCAUUUACUCCAACCGUGAACGAGCCCAAAUAUUUAUUUCCGAUGUCGGUAUUUUAACUGUUUUUUUCGUCCUCUUCCGUCUUGCACUAGCUAAAGGACUUACAUGGGUCAUAUCCAUGUACGCCGGACCGUUACUUGUAGUAAACGGGUUCUUAGUCCUUAUCACAUUCUUGCAGCACACACACCCGUCAUUGCCUCACUACGACAACACUGAAUGGGACUGGUUAAGAGGUGCUCUAGCCACAGUGGACCGAGACUAUGGAAUCUUGAACAAGGUGUUCCAUAACAUCACUGACACUCAUGUGACACACCAUUUGUUCUCCACAAUGCCUCAUUAUCAUGCCAUGGAAGCCACAAAGGCAAUCAAGCCGAUUUUGGGAGAAUAUUAUCAAUUCGACGGAACAUCUGUUUUUAAGGCAAUGUACAGGGAAACAAAGGAGUGCAUCUAUGUUGACAAAGACGAGGAGGUUAAGGACGGAGUCUACUGGUACAGUAAUAAGAUCUGAUCGAUGGAUUCAAGAGAAUGGCAAAAUCGUCUUCCUUUUCAAGUCAUGUUUAUUUAAGUAGUAGUGUAUGCUUUGUUUUUGAUGGCCGUUCAAGAUGAACAUGGAAGUGUAGUCAGAUGAAUGAAUGAAUAACUUUGUACUUUAAUGGAUCAUAAUUCUAGACUUUUAUGUAUUAUGGAUCGAUCUGCUUUUAUCUUCA